AUGACCAGGAAGCUGAGGAAGGAUGGUGUUGAGCCUCGAGCUAAGUCAAAUAUAGCUGUACCUGAGGUGAAGUUCCUGUGCGGGGCAGAUGUCCUGAAGAGCUUCCAGACUUCCAACCGCUGGAAAGACUCAGACAGUGAGGAAAUGGUGAAGAAGUUUGGCGUGGUGUGUGUGAGCCGGACAGGUUAUGACCCCGAGGGGUACAUCUCAAGCUCGCCCAUCCUGCAGAGGUACCAGCGCAACAUUCACUUGGCCAGAGAGCCUGUGCAGAACGACAUCAGUGCCACGUGCGUCAGGCAGGCCUUGCCCCAAGGGCAGAGUGUGAAGUAUCUGCUCCCAGACGCCGUCAUUGCCUCCAUCAGGAACCACAACCUCUACAUGAGGGACACUUCCUGGAUGGGCAAUCGCAACAUGCCGAGGAAUGAAGGGAAAACGAGCUGGGGAGGGCCAUCCACGUCUCCUCUGAGCCCCUCCUGA